AUGAAAGCUAUUCUGGAUGGUAUUAGAUUGUGUAAACGGCUCCAUUUGAUUAAUGUGAUUAUUGAAAGUGAUUCUCAUAUUGUUGUUGAUUGGCUUUGUAAGGGUAAAUGCUCUGUGUGGUAUCUUUGGGAUUUUUGGGAGGCUUUGCGCAAGGAACUCGAGGGGCUUAAUUUUGUUGUGGUUCAUCAAUUGCGGGAAGGUAACAGUGCAGCGGAUUUUCUUGCUAGAGAAGGAGAAAUGGGUUUGAAUGUCACGUAUAACGGCAAUCAAGAUUUUCCCAGGUAUUUAAAAGGUAUUGUGCGGCUGGAUUUUCUUGGCAUUCCGUACUUGCGUUGUUAG